AUGGUAGCAGUGAAGGGAAAGCUGGAGCGGCAGCAGCUCGGGGCCAGCUCAGCCUCAGCGGCAGCGGAGGGUGCAGGAGGCGGAGGAAAAUCAGCAGCGGUGGCGGUGGCGGCGGCGGCGGCGGCAGCGGCGGCGAGCGGCUCUGCAGCAGGGCAAGCUCCUGGUGCUGCUACGGCUGCAAGCAGCGGCGCGGAUCACGGUGGCACGGCGGACGGGGUCGAGCGCGUCCGCCUCGACGCCGAGAGACAGAUUCUGUUAACCAUGCUGCUCGCGCACAUGUGCUCCGAGCAUGACGCCACGCCCAGGACGUUCGUUGAGCAGGUGCUGGUGCUCUACGAGGCGAAGGUCCUGGACUCCAUCCAGUUCCUCUUCGACCUGGGCUUCGUACCCCCCGUGGCCCUUCCCUCGUACCGCACGCCUCCCGAUCGCGCCGCCGUCGUCGAGGCCGUGCGGCGCCAGAUUAACCGCGGGGGCCAACAGGGCGACCCGUUGCUGUUGGGCGCGUGGCCGAGUGGACCGCCGGCGCGUGCGGCGGCGGCGGCGGCGGAGGCGAGCGGCGGGGGCGAUGGCGUGGACAGGGACAGGCGGUCGGCGACGCCGCUAGGGUUACGGGUGCUCGGCACGUCGAGGUACUUGCGGGAUUUCGACGAAGAGGGCUUGAUCGCGAGGGGUUCGUUCGGAGACGUCUACCGCACGCGCCACCGCUUGGAUGGCACGAGGUACGCCAUCAAGAAGGUGGUAUUCCGCGGGACCAGCGUGUCCAAUCCCCGGGCGCAGGCCGUGAUGCGGGAGGUCCAGUGCCUGGCCCAGCUCGACCACAAGAACAUCGUCCGCUACCAUACCUCCUGGCUGGAGAGCAGCUGGGUGGAAAACGGCAUGGGCUACCCUCACGGCGGCGGCGGUGGCGACCCCAACACCGCCGCCACUGCCACCGCCACCGCCGCUGCGGCGGCGGUGGGCGCGGGGGCGGGGGCGGUGGGCGCGGGCGCGAGCGCGGACGUCUCCCUCCGCGAUCGCAUGGACGCUCUGGUGCCGGCCCACAUGCAGUCGAAGCUCAUCAAGGGGCUGGAGACCAUGGUACGGUCGGGAAACUCGGCGUCCGGCUCCGGCUCCGGGUGGGGCUGGGGUGCGGAGAGCGACGGGGGUUUCGACGGCGACGCGGAGUUCGGCGCCACGAGGAGGGGCCCGCCGCGCGGCGGGCGCCAUCAUAAUCAAGGCGCAGCAGCUGGUACCGGUGCUGGUGCUGGUGCCGGCGGUUACGGCGGGGGGCGCGGGCUGCUCUGGGGCAGCCGCCGAGGGGACCGCCGCGGUUCCAUGUCCCCCCAGGUUCGGUCUCCGAAGCACAUCAUCGUUCCCGCCGGCAGCGGCCGCGACCGGGGCUUCAGCCGGUGGUCGGCGGAGGACGUGGAGAGCGAGACGAGCAGGUGGAGCGAAGCGUCAUCGUACGCGGGUUUCGACGAGGACUCGAUAGGAGGCGGCGGAGGGGGUACGACGGCCACUGCCUCCUCCUCCCGGUUUUGUGAAGGUGGAGGGACCGGGAUCACGGCCGCCCCCGCCGCCGCCGCCGUGCGCAGGCGGGUCCAUGCACCCGUGCGGACGCUGCGGUCUGAGCAGUUCCGUAACCCGUCCAUCGACAUGGAUGACCUGGUGUCCUUCGGGAACUCUUCCUCUCCCGCGGACGGUGACGGCGACGAUAGUGUUGCCCCUGCCCAGGGCGUCCUUGCGGACUCUUCUGACGACAGCGGCGGCGGCAGCAACGCCGGGUGGCGCGAGUGGGACGUGGUCAGCGGCGGCAGCAGCGGCGGGGGCCGUGGCGGCGGGAUCCGUCUCGACAACGGCGACGGUCGCGGACGUGGCUCGGAGCGUCGCAUCGCUAGGCACAGCUUGUCGCCGGACAGGCUCGUCCAGUACCCGGUCACCCUGUACAUCCAGAUGACGCUCUGCCCGAGCGAGACGCUCCAGGACUGGCUGCAGAACCGUAACUCGCGGCUGUCUUCGGAAUGCGCGGGGAGCGGCGUCCUGUUCGAGGACGACGCUCGCGCUUGUUCGCGAUCGCCGCCGUCUCCACCCCCCCGACCCGCCUUCGACGGCGGCAACACGGGCUCGGUCCCGGCGGUCCUGAUCUCGAACGACCUCGACAAGGGCGACGGCGGCCGCAAGGCCGACCUUGGAACUCCCGCGACGUCUCCGAGGACGGACCCCGUCACCUCCGCUUCCUCCGGAGAGUCAGACCGGACGUCGGAAAGCUCGUCCUCCGGCGCCAGCAGCAGCAGCAGCAGCGGCAGCGGCGGCGGAGCGGGCGUGCUGUGCCCCCCUCCCACUCGCGAGACGAGCCGGAAGUGCGAGGGCGGCCAAGGGAGCUCCAAGCAGGAGGCUUUCAGCACGGCGGCUCCCGCGAAGGCCGGGGAGCAGCAACGUCGGCGGAAGACGCCGAUCGCCGCCGGAUCCCCGGCUCGAUCGGUCUCCUCGGACUGGGGGUCGUGCGACGGCAGGGGCGCCCGCGGGGUGGGGGCGCGCGUGGACCUACACGAGGCGUUGCAUCUCUUCCGGCAGCUCGCCGAAGGGGUUUCGCACGUGCACUCCAAGGGGAUCAUACACCGGGACCUGAAGCCGGAGAACGUGUUCGUUGGCGAAGACGGCUGUCUCAAGAUCGGAGACUUCGGGCUCUCCCGGACAGAGGUUACGACAGGUCUUUCCAGCGACGAUGACAGCAACAGCGGCAGAAACAGUGCCGCCACCGCUACAGCGGCGGUGAACCCCGACCCCUUGGAAGCGGCCAUCGUGCCUCGGAGGCGGAACCCGCCGCAGAGCGAGUGCCACACGACCGGGGUGGGGACGGCGUCCUACGCCUCCCCCGAGCAGCUGCAGGGCCGGCGGUAUGGCGUGCGGUCCGACCUGUUCUCCCUCGGGCUUGUCCUGCUGGAGCUCUGCUGCUGCUUCACGACGACGCACGAGCGCGCCGACGCCUUCCAGGCCAUGCGGCAGCCCGGCGGGUCCGCCCCGCCGCACCUCGCGAAGCGGAGCCCCGCCGUCGCCCGGCUCGCGGAGCUCCUGUGCCGCACCGUCCCGGAGGAGCGCCCGUCCGCCGAGGAGAUGCUGGAGAUGCUGGACGACAUGGACGGCCGCUGCGGGUGCGAGGGCUGCCCGGGGGGGAUCACGGGCGGGGCUGACAGGAGGGGGGGUAGGAGCGGCAGCGGGGACGUAAGCGGCGGCGGCGGCGGCAGCGGGCACCCGGAUGACUCGGGCCUUCGGGAGGAGCUGGCAGCGAAGACGCGAAAAGUCGAGGAGCAGGAAGUCUUGAUCGGACAGCUCCAGCGGAAACUGACGCAGCUUUCGCGGAACCCUUCACCCGCCGUCGGACCGGUGGACGCCUCCGCGGCAAGCGGGCGCAGGGACCCCACCCGGGCAGACCUCCUCGACAUGGACGCUCUGGGGCUGGGGCUCGCCGCCCUCGGGACAGCCAACGACGGGGGCGGGGGCGGCGGCGGGGCGCCGCGCGCCGAGCGAUAG